UCACCUUAACAGUACAGUUCAAUUUUCAGCUCCUGUACGAUAUAGCAGCGGCCAUGGGAAGCGAAUGUUUAUUAUCAAGGCAACGAGUUUUUAUGAUACUCGAUUUCUGAACUUGUUGAGAUUCUAUGUAUUUCUGACGGGCAUACCAGUGGCACUGUUCAUAACAUAUGUCAACAUCUUCAUUGGUGAAGCUGAACUUGCAGAGAUUCCUGAAGGUUAUGUUCCAGAGCACUGGGAAUACUACAAACACCCUAUAACUCGCUGGAUUGCUCGUUAUGUCUUUGACCCCCCUGAAAAGAACUAUGAGAAACAGAUGGCUGUGCUUGAUAUUGAAGCAAAGAAAGCUGAACUGAGGCUGAUGGAGUUGGAGGCACGCAGACUGAUGAGACACAGGGGAGACGGACCUUGGUAUCAUUAUCCAUCACCUGAUAAAAAUCUUGUGGACAAUUCUAUGAAAUCCACGCCGGACAAUUAAACAGUUUUAAGACAGUAUGCAUGGUCUUAAACGCAUACUGACAAAUUGUGACUGAGCUAUGUAAUAUAUAUCCCGCUGUUUACUGAUGGAAAUUAAUAAAAAUAAACAAUGGUUGUGUUGAUUC